AUGUCGGCUCUGGCUGACGACCCGUGCCACAGCAAGCAUCACAUCGACGCCAGUAAGGGCCCGACGGUCAGCGCCAUCAUGUUCGCAGCGGGCAUCUUUGGCAACGUUGCCGCCCUGGUGAUCCUGGAGAUCCGGCGGCGUAGAGACAUGAGGUCCGGGGGCACUCGGCGGCGUUCCAUGUUUCACGUCCUCAUCACAUCGCUGGUGAUCACGGACCUUGCUGGGACCUGCCUGAUCAGCCCAAUUGUGCAGCUGUCAUAUGCACAGAACACUACCUUGGUGGGGUUAGGGGAAGGGUUAGGGUCUCCUAAUUCUACGCUGGUGUGUUCCUACUUUGGGGUCAGCAUGACUUUCUUCAGCCUGGCCACCAUGUUCCUCCUUUUCGCUACAGCACUAGAGAGAUGCAUUGCGAUCGGGUACCCCUACCUGUACAACCGGCAUGUCACCAAAAAAUGUGCCUACAUCACAAUCCCCAUAGUGUUUUUAUUAUGUACUUUAUUCUGUCUCCUGCCUUUUGCGGAAUUUGGUAGAUAUGUACAAUACUGCCCUGGCACAUGGUGCUUCAUUGACAUGAACCCUGAUAAGAUCAGUGACCAGGUCUACGCCAACCUGUAUGCCACCAUUAUGCUGGUGCUGGUGCUGUCCAUCGUGGCAUGCAAUGGCUUUGUGGUGUACCAGCUGUUCAAGAUGUACCAGCGUCGGAAGAGGAACGGUUCAGUGAUGGUGAGCAUGCGAUCCCACAACGACCGCAAGAUGCCGUCCAUUGCCGAGGAGGUGGAGCAUCUCAUCCUGCUGGUGUUUAUGACCAUCAUCUUCAUCAUCUGCACGCUUCCCCUGGUGAUCCGCGUGUACGUCAACUUUACAAUCGAUGAUCGCAAGGAGUCUCACCCCAUGGACCUGAUAGCGCUCCGUUUCAUCUCCGUCAACUCCAUCAUCGACCCCUGGGUCUUCAUCCUCCUCUCCCCCAGCGUGCUGCACUUUUGCUGGGCCUCCGUGUGCCGAGCCCCACCGUUGUUCUCCAGGGGCUCCGUGUUUAAAUUAUCGCUGGCCAAAGACACUUCUCCUCCUAACCUAGAACUGUCUCACUCAAAGCAGGAACACACUGACACUGUAACCAAUGUGAGGGAACUAUGACCAUAGCAGUACUUAUUAAUAUUAUUAUUGUUAUUAUUAUUUGAUAUUUAUAUUUAUUGGACUAAGGACACCGGAUUGUGUUCUCCAUUGUGAUCACAUGAAGAACAGAGGUUUGGGAGGCCACACCAUCUCUCAAAAGUGUGUGGUUUUUCUUAUCUUUUUUUUUUUGGUUUUUUUUUUGGGUGUUGACCCUUUGGUGACAAACUGAUAAAACCCUACAAACAGUUCUAUCAGCUGGGGGCCAUCUUUUGCUAUGUGUACUGGGUGU